AAUGUGCAAAGGGAAAUACAACGCAAGUUAUUAAAGCAAUAUUGUAUAUAUUAGUUUAUCUUUUUAAUAAAUUUUCAUCCCGACAAGAAAGUAGAUUUAGAUAUACUGGAAAAACUGGAAAAAUGAGUAGAUUGCAUCAGGUAAAAGCUUUCCCUCGGCUGGCUUCCAGAAUGUGUUUAACACGUGGUGUUUCCAUGUGCAGACCUUAUGUGGCAAUAUUUGAAAAUCACAGACACAAAGAAAUAACAAUAGGAGUAUUUUGUCCAACAGUGAGAUAUUCAUCAACUUCCUCUGAAGAGCCAAUACAGCCUGAAGCCCAAAAUGGUGUGGAUGAGGACCAGGAUUUUAUACAUGUCAUUCAGGAAACUGAGUCAGUUUCAGGACCAAGAGAUAAGCACAGUUUUCAAGCGGAGACUCAACAAUUGUUGGAUAUUGUUGCCCGAUCUCUUUAUUCUGAGAAAGAAGUGUUUAUUCGUGAACUUGUUUCAAAUUCAUCUGAUGCAAUGGAAAAACUCAGACAUUUAUUUUUAACUGGGGCUGAGAUGACAGAGAAAGAACAAAGUUUAGAGAUUCAUUUAGCUACAAAUGAAGAGACUGGAACCUUCAUUUUGCAAGAUCAUGGAACAGGAAUGACUAAAGAAGAAUUAAUUGAAAAUUUAGGAACAAUCGCUCGUUCAGGUUCUAAAGCUUUUGUUCAAAGACUUCAGCAAGGCGACAGUUCAGCAAGUAGUGCUGAAAAUAUUAUUGGUCAGUUUGGAGUUGGAUUUUAUUCUGCUUUCAUGGUCGCGAAUAAAGUUGAUGUUUAUACAAAGUCAUAUUUGCCAGAUAGUAAGGGAUAUUUGUGGUCAUCUGAUGGAACUGGAAGUUAUGAAAUUGCCGAAGCUGAAGGUGUUGCAAGAGGAACAAAAAUUAUUGUUCAUUUGAAAAAUGAUUGCAGACGAUUUUCAUUGAAGACUGAAGUGGAAGAGAUUAUUAAAAAGUACAGCAACUUUGUAGGAUUUCCGAUAUUUCUUAACGGUGUUUGCAUAAAUACUGUCGAGCCUUUGUGGACUCUUGAUCCAAAACAUGUUACUGAAGAGCAACACGAGGAAUUUUACCGGUUUAUUUCAAACGCAUUCGAUAAACCUCGAUAUCAUUUGCACUUCAAAGCGGAUGCACCAUUAAACAUCCGCAGUAUAUUUUACAUUCCCGAGCGUGUACCAGAGUUGUACGGUAUUGGUCGCAUGGAGACUGGGGUUAGUCUGUUUAGUCGUCGCGUGGUCAUACAGACGAAGUCUGAUAAGUUGUUACCUGAAUGGUUAAGAUUUGUUCGUGGUGUCGUCGAUAGUGAAGAUAUUCCGCUCAAUCUGAGUCGGGAAAUGCUUCAAGACAGCGCUUUAAUUCAAAGAUUGAAAGAUGUUUUGACAAGACGGUUAAUAAAGUUUCUUCAAGAACAAGCUCGUAAAGAUAGAGUUAAAUACGAAGAAUUUUUUAAAGAAUAUGGCAUUUUCCUCCGAGAGGGUGUUGUGGUCACAAAUGACGAACAUUUGAAAGAAGAUGUUGCAAAAUUGUUGCGUUUUGAAUCGUCCAAUGAAAAGGCUGGAGAUCUAAUUUCGUUGGAGCAUUACGUAUCCCGGAUGAAACCGAUUCAAAAGUCAAUUUAUUACAUCUGUGCACCCAGUCGGGAACUUGCAGAAACCUCACCAUACUUUGAAGCUUUAAAGAAAAAUGACGUUGAGGUUUUGUUUACCUACGACGAUAACGAUGAAAUGGUUUUACAUCAAUUAAAAAAGUUUGAUGGUAGAACUGUGACAUCAGCAGAAACGUAUUUGUCCACCAGUCAAGAAGUUGACGAAACUAGCGGCGAUACUGCAGAGGGUGAACGUUUAUCAAAAGAAAAUUCUGAUCAACUUGCAAAAUGGAUGGAAAAUUUAUUUGGGAAACAAAAAGUCGCAAGUGUCAAGGUAUCUCACCGUUUGACAAAUCAUCCCGUAAUGAUCACAGUGGCUGAUAUGGCGGCUGCCAGACGUUGGUUAAAGAUAAUAAAAUCAGCUCCUCAUGCUGAACAAUUAGAAAAUAUGAAGUUUGAUGUACUGCAACCAACAAUGGAAAUAAAUCCAAGUCAUGACGUCAUUAAAAAGCUCCAUGAGAUCAUGGACUCGGAUCCAAAGGUUGCAAAACUUGUUGCUGAGCAGUUGUAUGACAAUGGAUUAAUAUCUGCCGGGCUGAUCGAUGAUCCUCGUCCAAUGGUGGCACGUUUGAACUCCUUGUUAGCUAAGGUUUUAGAUGUCAACUGAAAAAAACGAUGGAUCUGUUUGGAUGGAUUUGAUUUGGUAAUGUGCAUCAUAUGUAAGUCCUUUCAAUCAGAGGAUAGUACAACAAUUCUGCCCUAUCAGAGGAUACAGCCUAAAUUUUAGAAACUUGGAACUAAAGUUUUAAGUUUUAACCGCAAGUCGGCAAUAAUGUAAAACAUUUCCUGGCUAUUUUCAACAGAUCUUUGUUGUAUCUUCUGUUUUGUGACUAUGCUAAAUACUGCACGCAUCAAAUAAGGUAUAACAACUGAUUAAAAUGGACCCUUUGUGGUGUUUCUCCCUGGAGGGCCUUUUUAGGAGAUUUAGUAUGACACUUAACCCCCUGCAGAAGGCUCUUAGCUUGAAACAUCAAGAAGUGGUUGUUGAAGCACAUUUAAUGUGAAGUUGUCUAAAGAUGCUGCAAGUAAUUUCAUAUUUAGUCCUUAUUCCUUCUCUUCCUAAACACUGGAUAAUCAGGGUCAAGACAGCAACCAAACCCAAAAACAUUAAAUUAGAACAAUGAUGUUUUGCA